AUAAGAACUACCUGCAUCCUCCAUCAGGCGCCUUAGACGCUCGGUGUCAGUGUCUGCUCUCUCCCGCUCUUUCAUCCAGCAACGAUCAUCAUGCCUUCAAACAGCGCUGCCAGCAUGUUUGGUGGAGCCGGGGGAAAGGGUGCCAAGGCGUCCGUGUCGACCCUGGAUGGGCUGCGCAAAGUGCUGGGCAACCAGACAGAAAAAGAUUCGGCUCCCAUCCAUAAAGCUGCUGCCAAGCCCGUAGCCUCCCAGGCUCCGAGCGCCCCGGAAACUCCCGUCGCUCCCGGUGACGACAAGCAGACACUGCGGACCCUGAACAAUCGGCUGUCCGGCUACCUGAACAGAGUGAAGCAGCUUCAGGAGGAGAACAACGAUCUGCAGAAAGAGAUCGACGACAUCCUGGCCAAGAGGAAAGUACCUGAGGGGCGUGAUUGGGAUGGAAUCCUGAAACCCCUGGAUAACCUCAAAAGGGAGAUCAAAGACAUCACAGAUGACAAUGCAAAGCUGCUGCUGCAGAUUGAUAACAGCAGACUGGCAAAUGAAGACUUCAAGAACAAGCUGGAUGAUGAGAAUAAGGCAUGCAAAGAAUUAGAAAAGGACCUGGAGGAUCUGAAGAGGGCCAAAGAUGAUACCAAACUGAGCUGCGACCAGACGAGGGAAGAGAUCAAAAUGGUUAAUGAUGAGCUUGAGCGUCUCAAGAGCGAACACAAGAAAGAGGUUGAUUCUCUGCUUGAGAAGAUCAAGGACUCAGAUGUGACAGUGGAGAUUAAGUCCCAGGACAACAACCUGAGUGACGUUGUCCAGAAUGUCCGCAGACAUUAUGAGAAAGUGGCUGAGAAGAACCUGAAGGAGGCAGACGAAUGGUACAAAGACAAGUUUGAAACCAUCAAGGUGGAAGAGGCCCAGAAUACUGAGGCCUUGGAGUCUGGAAAGAGUGAGCUCAAAGAUCUCCAGAAACAGAAGCAAACUUUGGAAAUUCAGAUUCAGACCAAGAACAACAAGCUGCGCACUGUGGAGCAAACCCUGAGAAACAUCAAAAUGGAGUAUGGUCAUCGCCUGGAGCCAUCCAACAAGAUCAUUCUUGGGCUGCAGCAGGACCUCGGAGACGUGAGGGAACAGGUGGAGCUGCAGCUAGACGCCAACAAAAACCUGCUGUCUGUCAAGCUGAAGCUGGAGAAGGAACUCGAACAGUACCAAGAACUUCUUUCACGCUUAUUUGAUGAUGUUGAAAGCGCAGAGUUUGCUUUAACGGAUGCAAUACCGCAAGGGCAACAAACUAAAGAAGAUGACGUUCCGGAACAGGGUGAAAUAAUAAAACAAGAAGUAGUUGCAAAACAAGAAAGCGCUCCCUCUAAUCAAUCAGCCCCCCCAGAAGCUCCUGAAGUGGAGGAGGAACCCCCCAUCCAGGCCGACUUAAAUGCUAGUAGCAGGGAAGAGGCUGCAGUCAGCAGCUCUGCUAAAAAGAAGAAAUCUAAAAAGUCCAAGAAGUCCAAAACUAAGAAGGAUUCCUCCUCCUCCUCUUCUUCCUCCUCCUCUUCUUCUUCCUCCUCCUCCUCCUCUUCCUCCUCC